UACCCUCUACAUUCGUGCUGCUGUAACUGUCACACAGCAGGCACUCCAGUGCGUAACUAUCAAGUACUAGUGAGGAACCGUUACCGCCGUGUCAGAGCAUCACACUUUGUUUUUUUUCUACUUGAACAACCAUGGACCCUGGUGUGGGGAUUGACUCGUCGGUUUUGUGCAUCGUCCGCGUGGUUGCGCUUUAGCACCCCCUGUUCUGGUCCACGGUGAGAAACCUGACAAACAGGGCUUUGCCAUCGGUCGAUCACCCGGGAGAGAGUGCGGGGCGAUCUAACCACAGGAGCCACACACCAUCCGGCACAGCAGCGGCCGUGUGCGUGUUCGUGUGCGUGUGUGUGUUUGUGUGUGUGUGUGUGUGUGUGUGUGUGUGUGUGUGUGUGUGUGUGUGUGUGGUGUGUCGGGAAAUUCAGGGGACUGACAAGUGCUGAUACCCCCUCCCCAACAUGGCGAGCGAGUCGCCGGCCCGGAGUCUAGACGAAAUAGACCUGUCCGCUCUGAGGGAUCCGGCUGGCAUCUUUGACCUAGUGGAGCUGGUCGGAACAGGCACAUAUGGACAGGUGUACAAGGGUCGCCAUGUCAAGACAGGACAGCUGGCAGCCAUCAAGCUCAUGGACGUCACAGGGGGUGAGGAAGAGGAGAUCAAGGUGGAGAUCAACAUGCUGAAGAAGUACAGCCACCAUCGGAACAUCGCCACCUACUACGGCGCCUUCAUCAAGAAGAACCCUCCAGGAAUCGACGACCAGCUCUGGCUGGUGAUGGAGUUCUGCGGAGCCGGCUCGGUCACAGACCUCAUCAAGAACACAAAGGGCAGCUCUCUGAAGGAGGAGUGGAGCGCCUACAUCUGCAGAGAGAUACUGAGGGGUCUGGCUCACCUCCACCAGCACAAGGUCAUCCACAGGGACAUCAAGGGACAAAACGUCCUGCUGACGGAGAACGCAGAGGUCAAACUAGUGGACUUUGGUGUGUCGGCCCAGCUGGACCGGACUGUGGGGAGGCGAAACACGUUCAUCGGGACGCCCUAUUGGAUGGCACCCGAGGUCAUCGCCUGCGACGAGAACCCUGCUGCUACGUACGACUUCAAGAGUGAUUUAUGGUCAUUGGGGAUCACCGCUAUAGAGAUGGCUGAGGGAGCUCCACCUCUGUGCGACAUGCAUCCAAUGAGAGCCCUCUUCCUCAUCCCAAGAAAUCCUGCGCCAAAACUCAAGUCAAAGAAAUGGUCUAGAAAGUUUGAGUCGUUCAUCGAGAUGUGCCUGGUGAAGAGUCACGGCCAGAGGCCCAGCACUGAACAGCUCCUCAAGCACCCCCUCGUCAGGGACCUGCCCAACGAGAGGCAGAUCCGCAUCCAGCUCAAAGACCACAUCGACCGCACCAAGAAGAGGCGGGGCGAGAGGGAAGAGACAGAAUACGAAUACAGCGGCAGUGAAGAGGAGGACGAGGAUGACAAAGCAGUAGAUCCCAGCUGCUUCACCAACGUCCCCGGGGAGUCCACCCUGAGGCGGGACUUCCUGCGCCUGCAGCUGGCCAAUAAGGAGCGGUCGGACGCCCUGCGGAGGCAGCAGCUGGAGCAGCAGCUGGAGCAGCAGCACAACGAUGAGCACAAGCGCCUACUACUGGCCGAGAGGCAGAAACGCAUCGAGGAGCAGAAGGAGCAGAGGAGGAGGCUGGAAGAGGUUAGAAAUCAUCAGCUGCAGAAGGAGCAGAGGAGGAGGUACGAGGAGAUGGAGCAGCACCGAAGGGACGAGGAGAGGAGGCACGCCGAGAGAGAGCAGGAAUAUAUCCGUAGACAGCUGGAGGAAGAGCAGAGACAGUUAGAGAUUCUCCAGCAGCAGUUGCUACAGGAGCAGGCUUUACUGCUGGAGUAUAAGCGCAAGCAGAUCGAGGAGCAGCGGCAGGCGGAGCGCCUACAGAGACAGCUCCAGCAGGAGAGGGCCUACCUGGUGUCACUACAGCAACAGCAGAAACAUGUACAGCCAGCACAACUGCAGCAGCAGCAGCAGCAGCAGCAGCCAGAGGGGAGACCGGACAAGAAGCCACUCUAUCACUAUGGACCAAACCAGCCUGACAAACCCACCUGGGCUAGAGAGGUCCAGCUGCAGCAGGGGCUGCCACAUUCUUACAGUCAGCUCCCCCACCCUCUCCAACAGCACCAUCAUUCGUCAUUCGAUCAACUUGCAUGCCAAGGCCCCACCGUUAGGCGCUCCCGUUCCAACCCUACCCAGCCUCUUUCCAGCAGACUCCCCAUGAGCCCCCGCUUCACGGCACCCCAAGACCCCCUGAUGGAGUCCGCGCUCCAGCACGAGAUCCGCCUGAGGGUCAAAAACCUCUGCCCGAACCCCAAAGGGCCCAGUCAGGACCCCAACGUGGGCAGCCACAAAGGGUCUCCCGGGCAGGGUCGGGUCCUCCAUCCCACCCCUAUCCCUAACCCUUAUGUGCUGGGGCCCGGUAACAAGAAAAGUAAGCCAGUGGUAAACCGGCCCCAGGGUGUCCCGAAUGAGGCGGCAAGCCAGCAGGGGCUCACCCAGUCCCCCGUACCCCUGAAGGCCCAACAGACGAGACAGGGCCGCGCUCCUUCUAAACCUCACCCGUCAAACCCUGCGGCUAAACCGGUGGAGGAGCGCUCUAAAAUGAACAGACAGAGCUCCCCGUCACCCCAGCACAAGGUCCCCGGCCGCCCCUCUGACCCCCCCUUGCCUCCCCGCUCCGAGUCCUUCAGCAGCGGGGGCAUGCAGCCCGCCCGCACCCCACCCGUCCACCGGCCCGCAGAACCCCAGAUGGCCCACCUGGUCCCAGUGAAGACCCACACGUCAAUACCGGGCUCCCAGUCUCUGCAGGACCAGACCAGCUCGGCCCUCAGCGAGGGCCUCGCCUCGGGUCCCUCCCCACGACACGAGAUGCCCCGGCAGAACUCUGACCCCACCUCCGACAACCCCACCACGCCCCUGCCCACGCCCGCCACCUCCAGCCGGGAGGAGGAGGAGAAGGAGAGGGAGAGAGACGGAGAGAGAGACCGGAACCGGGACCGGGAGAAAGACCGCGACCGAGCAGCCUGGCUGAGAGAAGAUGACAUGCCUCCAAAGGUACCCCAGCGUACGACCUCGAUUUCCCCAGCCCUGGUGAGGAAGAGCUCCCCUAACGGUGGACCGGGCCUGGGCCCUCAUGGUGGCUCUCAGCUUAUUCGAGCCAGUAACCCGGACCUGCGGCGCUCUGAGCUGUCCCUGGACCCCGUGCUGCAGAGAACCUCCUCCAACACCUCCUCCUCCUCCUCCCCCUCGUCACAAGGAGGCUCAGUGGAGCACAGAGGUCAAGGCAAGCAGGAAGUCACCCCACCAGAGUCCAAUCAGGAAGGGAAACCCAAGCAGGAGGAGGGACGGGAGUCAGCCCGACCCAGCAGACCUGCAGACCUAAGUGCAUUGGCGAAGGAACUCCGAGAGCUCAGAGUAGAGGACAGCAGCAGACCCCCAGUGAAGGUGACGGACUACUCUUCCUCCAGCGAUGACUCUGAGAGCAGCGAUGAUGACGGCCAGACUGUGGGCCAUGACGGGACGGUUGCCGUUAGCAACAUCCCACGCAUCAUGCCUGCAGUGCAGAGCAACACUGAUUCUUAUGGGGGGCAGACGGAGGAGUCACUGGGGGAGAACUACAGCAGCUCCAAGGACACCACCUUGAUGAUGAGAGAGGCAGAGGAGAGGAGGCGAGGCAGCCACUCGGAGAGCAAUGGCUUCAGUAACCACGGGAACCACAGUAACCACGGGAACCUGCCUGACCUGGUGCAGCAGAGCAACUCCCCAUCAGCCACGCCCCCCUCGGCCCUACAGGAGCUGAGCGAAAUGGCAGAGUUCGGAGGAUCCAAGGCUUCCUUCAUGCCAUUCGUUGACCCUCGUUCGUAUCAAAGCUCUCCCAAUGAAGACGAUGAGGACAACUCUGCAGCAGCCAUGUUCGCCAACGAGCUGAUGAGGCAGGAGCAGGCCAGACUGAGCGAGGCCAGAAAGAUUUCGGUGGUGAACGUCAACCCCACCAACAUCAGGCCCCACAGCGACACGCCGGAGAUCCGGAAGUACAAGAAGCGCUUCAACUCGGAGAUCCUGUGUGCCGCUCUCUGGGGCGUGAACCUGCUGGUGGGAACGGAGAACGGCCUGAUGCUGCUAGACCGCAGCGGACAGGGGAAGGUCUACAACCUCAUCACCCGCAGACGCUUCCUGCAGAUGGACGUCCUGGAGGGGCUCAACGUACUGGUCACAAUCUCUGGUAAGAAGAACAAGCUGCGGGUGUACUACCUGUCCUGGCUGAGGAACAGGAUCCUGCACAACGACCCCGAGGUGGAGAAGAGGCAGGGCUGGAUCACCGUGGGGGAGCUGGAGGGCUGUGUGCACUACAAAGUCGUGAAAUAUGAACGGAUUAAGUUCCUGGUGAUUGCUCAGAAGAACGCGGUAGAGAUCUACGCCUGGGCCCCAAAGCCCUACCACAAGUUCAUGGCCUUCAAGUCGUUCACCGAGCUUCAGCACCGCCCUCAGCUGGUUGACCUGACGGUGGAGGAGGGUCAGAGGUUAAAGGUCAUCUACGGCUCCAGCGUGGGCUUCCAUGUCAUCGACGUGGACUCCGGGAACCCCUACGACAUCUACAUCCCCUCCCAUAUUCAGAGCCAGGUGACCCCCCAUGCCAUCGUGGUGCUCCCCAGGACGGAGGGCAUGGAGAUGCUGCUGUGCUACGAGGACGAGGGCGUCUACGUCAACACCUACGGGCGCAUCACCAAAGACGUGGUGCUGCAGUGGGGAGAGAUGCCCACCUCUGUUGCCUACAUCCACUCCAACCAGAUCAUGGGCUGGGGCGAGAAGGCCAUCGAGAUCCGCUCUGUAGAGACGGGACACCUGGAUGGGGUCUUCAUGCACAAGAGAGCCCAGAGACUCAAGUUCCUCUGCGAACGCAACGACAAGGUGUUCUUUGCGUCGGUGCGGUCGGGUGGCAGCAGCCAGGUCUUCUUCAUGACCCUCAACAGGAGCUCUAUGAUGAACUGGUGAAGGCCUCUCCGACCCUGAGGCUACACUACCCCAUUGGCCAGUUCCCAAAUCACUCGAGGACUCGGCACCUAUCGAUCAGAUGACAAUGCAAUCCCCACUCCAGAAGUGAAUCCAUUUCGUCAGUGAACGAGGGACUAAAACUAAUCUUUGGAGAACGUGCGCGUUACUGUAUAGAAGAUAACUUCAAUUGUGAACUAAACGAAGAGAUCUUAACCCUUAAAGAGAGACUGUUUUGACGGUCGACCACGAGAAAGAGGUUUCUCUUAUGGUCGCCUUAUUGGUGCCACUGGAUUCCAAAUAUUGCUCUUUUCCUUCCUUUCUAUCUAUCUAUCUAUCAAUCUAUCUUCUGUCUAUCUUCUGCACCUCACUUUUGAGCUUUCUUGAUUUCAUUCUCCUCCCUACCUCUCGCACUUUUCCUUUCUUUCUUUCCUGCUCUUUCUCUCUGCAGUCCAGUGCAAUUAAUUCUUAAGGAACUGUAAAAUCACUGUAGAACCACACAAUGCACCUAUGUUGACACACACACACACACACACACACACACACACACACACACACACACACACACACACACACACACACACACACACACACACACACACACACACACACACACACACACACACACACACACACUUUCCACACCACCUCUUGCUUCCUUUCUGGCUUCCUGUCUGACCUACUUUCUGUUGGCUGAGGGAAGGGAAUAGAAUUGAAUGCAGGAAGUCAGUAUUUUCACACGAAGUAUCAAUACAUACAGUAAUAUGACGAUAAGGCACUAGGACCCUGAGACUGGCUCAGAUGACUCCCUCCGGACGGCACCAUCCCCCUCUUGUGUGUCCCUCUCUUUCAGCCAUCAUUCAUGUAAAUGUAUUUUUUUACUUGUUUAUUUUCUUCUGCACCCCUGCGCCUCCUAGUGGAGAAUAACAGUAUGCAAAGAUGAAGCCAUCAGCCCUUUAAAAUUAGACCCUGGUCAUGUGGACCCUUCCUUUGAUCCAUCCUUCCUUUCCUCCUAACGCCUUUCUUCCUUGCCUUAUUCCUCUCUCUGUCUCUUCUCUCGAUUCCCCCCCCCCCCCCCCCCUCUCUAUUCACUCAAUAACUUAUCCAGGUGCUGCAUCAGCUAUACUGUAGUUUUUAAAUGCAACGACAUGAGCAUCUUUCUUAUCAUGGGAUCAUUAGAAAUGUGUUUCAACCUUUUUCUAUUAUCCUAUCAUCCUUUUAUUUUUUUCGUUGGCGCACCGUACAAGCAAAGAGCUGCUUGGCAUUCGAGCUUUGUGAAAUGUACAGCACAUCUGUGUUCCAGUAUCUGUGUGUGUGUGUGUGUGUGUGUGUGUGUGUGUGUGUGUAGGUUGGUGUUGUGAGACAAGCAAGAUGAAAAAAGACUUUCACAGUAUCUAAGGAGUCUAAACAUUGCGGUCCCUCGAUUCCGACCAAGUCUUUCCUUGCACACGCAUCAUGAGUUUAUGAAAUGGGUUGACACACUAAUAUCCCCAUAUAUUUCCCUUCUUUUUUAUUUGUUAUCAUAGUGGGUCAUUAACGCAAAACCACAUUGAGGUUUUGUUGCAAGGUGGGAUAGAAGAUGAGGGAGGUGACCUAUUCUUUCGAACAGCGGACGGCGGUUACAGUUGGUUGCGCAAAGACAAACUUAACCUGACAACUGAGAAAUUGGAGGCGAGAAGAUCAGAGUAUGAUCUUUUAAAAAAAGUUCUUGUGGUCUAAAGACCUUGCAGAACGAGUUGCAUAAUGUCUUGCGUGACGUGACGUUCAAAUGACAUGUUUUUUCUUUCUAUGAUUGGUAUACUGGUUUAACACAUUCCUUAAGUUUGAUCAUUGUUAUUACAUUUAGUGUAAACUAUUGGAAGCAAUAUCAUUUUUUUCUCUCCUUUAACAGACGUCUGCCAAUAUAAUGUGUCUCUAUGUGACAGAUUCAUGUUUAAUCGCCAAUAUGAUAAAAAAAAAAAACUACAAACGAAAUAACAAAUCAUCGAUAGUUUUUUCUUAAUUGCCAAUUUUGUUAUGUUUUUCCUCAACU